GUAUGGCUCAAUCGUUAGCGCUUGACUGUGGUUGAAGAAGUUUCAACACGCAAUGGGGAGGGGGACAGACUGGUGUCCUCCUUACUUAUGUCUUGUUUUUAUUCGGAUAAGAAAAGAAGAUUGUGUUUCUGAACAAGCAAUGAGAAGACCUGCGACUGAUUUUUGAACUCCUUCAUGUCGUACAAUGUAAUGAUGCAACAUGGACGAACUGCCCUGGAACAGAUAAAAAGUGAAGGAUAGACGGAGCAAGAGAAGAUUGAGGCCGUUUCACAGAGAGAAAGUACUUAUCACCGACAUACACGAGACAUCAUGUCCACCUUGAUAAAGCAGGAGAGAACCAUUUGUGUUCUCCUCCCCAACAAAGACCAGCUGGACAUCACUGUCGGGCCAAAAUCCACAGGACAGGAUGUUUUUAAUCGUGUGGCAGAGCUUCUUGGAAUCAAAGAGCUGCACUUCUUUGGCCUCACAGUGGUGCGGGACAAUGAGCACAUAUUUUUAGACAUGGAGGAGAAGCUGACAAAGUACUUUUCUAAGGAAUGGAAGCAAGAUUCAGGAAAGGGAUUACAGAAGAGAACCUUGCCUCUAGUGCUAUGCCUCAAAGUGCAGUACUACAUUGAAAAUGGCAGACUCUUUUGUGAGCGUAAGGCACGACAUCUGUACUACUCUGACUUGCGGGAGCGAGUGCUUCGCUCUGAAUGUCGUCAGCGGGAGGAGGCGUACUUCCAGCUGGCAGGUUACGCCUUGCAGGCUGACCUCGGUGACCAUCCGCUGCCCAGGGAGGAUAUGGAGGUCUCUGCUUACUUUGAACCCAAGGAAUACUUUCCCCCUUGGAUUUUAGCAAAACGAGGAGUAAACUAUCUCCUCUGUCAUGGGCCAAAGGUGCAUCAAGAGCUGUGGGGCAUGUCUAGUCGUGAUGCCAUGCUGCUCUUCAUCAGGGAGUCGUGUCGACUGGAGGAUGUACCCGUCACGUUUUACAGACUGCAAAAGGACAAAAAGGCAGAGAGAGGAACGGCAUUGCUCGGUCUGACACUACGAGGAAUGCAGGUUUAUCAGGAGGUGAACAACAUGCGACAGCUGCUGUACGACUUCCCCUGGUCAAAUGUGGGACGUCUCACCUUCCUGGGUAAGAAAUUUGAGAUCCAGCCAGAUGGCUUGCCUUCAGCCAGGAAGCUGGUUUACUACACUGGGUCAUCGUUCCGCUCUCGCCACCUCCUCCUGCACCUGAGCAGCAGCCAUCGCCUCUACCUCAGCCUCCAGCCUGCCCUCAAACACCUACGCCAGCUGGAGGAGAGCGAAGAUAAAAAGCGUUACAGAGAGUCAUACAUCAGCGAUGACCUGGACUUGGACCCUCCAGGCAGCGAGAGCAGCCCUGGUCUGUCCCGGCACUCCACCAGCAGCUCUGGAAUCGAAGCUGACGCCCGCCAACACAGCAUCUCGACAGAGAUGGCCUCUAUGGAGGAGGAAGGUCAACGGAAAGCAGAAAGGUGUUUCAGCUCCACAGCCAGCCGUGGCAGUUCCUGUACCUCUGGGUUUGACACGGGGAGUAAGGUUCGAAUAGAAGAUGAGGGCUGGCAAGAGGAAGAGAUCAAAGCCAAUAUUGGAAGUCCAAAGGAGGUUCUCGUGGAUGAUCCGGAUGAGAUGUUCCAGUUGGCUGAUCUUCUUGAUGGAGUGUCAGUGGAUUAUUCAGAUCUCUCCUCAGAGACUCGCUCGCCAGAAAACAAUGCCUGUCCGCCAGACAGUGAUGAAGACCUUGGGAGAUUACGUAGCACAGAUACGUUAAAACAGAUUCUGACAACUAGGGCACAAGUUUGUGUGGAUCGGCACAGCCACAGUCUAGAUGAUGUUCGUCUGUUCCCACCUCCAGCACCCCUGGGGAUGACACUGCCACCCGAUUCCUCCCACAGCUAUACCUUUGGCCUCCCAGAUGCCUCAACCAACACAAAGACCCCUGUUGAUCACAGUAUAUACCCCCUUUUGCACUGCCAAGCCAAACCUACCUUUUAUGGCCGCAGGUCUACUAACUGCCUCUCCCUGGACAUGUUAGGUGAUGAACAGUUCCUGGAAUUCAUACUUUGAAUACGUCAAGUGCUGAUCUCCACACAAACUCCUGUUCUCUUCCUUCAUUUACCGUGCAACUUAACUCUGAGGUUCCCAACACAUGAUUGUUGUGUGUUUUCUACUGUCUGUGGUCAUGAUGACAGCGUGGGAUGUGUGUGUUUCAAAUUGUAGAGGGACAUUAUUGAAAAUGACGGGACCCCUCAUUCCUCUGAGAGAGGCUGUGGAUUAGAGAUCUAAUUCAGCAACAUUUCAAUCAGUAAACGGAGCAUAUUUAUUAUUGUGUACAUACUACUUGCGCUAUUUUAUUACAUUUCAACUUCGCUGAGAAAAAACAUUUCUAAUCAAUUAUAUUGUCUUUUAUAAAGUUCAUGUUCAUUUCUUUUAUGAAUUGUCCGAAUAGGUUAAUGUCGGGUGCAUAAAGUUUGACAGUAACAUAUAUUUUAACAUUUGAAGGCCAUGCUGUCAUGUGCUGCUUUGGACAUUCAUAAUGUGGGACUUACUUUCCUUUACAUUGGUAAUGUAAAUACUUUAAUGUAUUUGUAUUAUUAAAGAGAAUCUCCAGAAACCA